AUGCCUAUUUGGAUCCAACUUCCCAAGCUCAAAGUGGAAUACAAGAGUGAAGGUAGCCUUAAGAAGAUAGCAGGAAUAAUAGGAAAUGUCAUCAAACUGGACAAAGCCACACGCCAGAAAACUAGACUAAGGUUUGCCCGAGUCCUAGUUGAGAUGAAGAUCAAUGAUGACUUCCUAGAGGAAAUUCAUUUCACUAAUGUGAAGGACGAAUUGGUUACUCAGCAAGUGGUCUAUAAACGAAAAUCGAUCAUGUGCACCAAGUGUAACAAAAUGGGUCAUAGUGAACAGAAAUGCAAAUGGAACAAAGGGAAGGAUAAAGCCCCCAAAAAAGACAAUAGACUGUGGAAAGACAAGGAUGGCUUCCAAUUGGUGGUCAGGUAA